GUAGUUGGCAUCCUUUGAGUUGGUGCCAGCUUUGCUCAUUGCAUCAUAUGUAUGUCAAUUUCGUAGUGGAACGAUUCUCUAGCAUGGGCAGACACCAGACACUAAAUUGCGUGCGAGGCUUUAAAAGGCCCAUCUUCGUACGCUACGCGUGUUUAGUUGUAGUUUGGCAGUUGCUGCGGAAGCGCUUUAGGAUUAAAGUGGUCCAGGCACCCAAUAUCCAAAACUCAAAUAAUCAAUCAAUCGGUCUGUCUGUCUGUCUGUCGCCUUCUCUCUGUUCCUAAAUGGCUCUGCGUUGGAGUAAAGCGAGCGCGUUUCUCCUGACCCUCAGCGUGAUCCUGUUGCUGACGCAAACGCAAUCGAAGCUGCUGACUCGCUGCCAGCUGGCCAAGGAGCUGCUGCGUCACGAUUUUCCACGCAGCUACCUAUCCAAUUGGGUCUGUCUGGUGGAAGCGGAGAGCGGACGCAGCACCUCAAAGUCCAUGCAGCUGCCCAAUCAGAGCGUCAGCUACGGACUCUUUCAGAUCAACAGCAAGAACUGGUGUCGCAAGGGUCGUCGCGGUGGCAUCUGCAAUAUCAAAUGCGAAGAAUUUCUGAAUGAUGAGAUUUCGGAUGAUUCGCGCUGUGCCAUGCAGAUCUUCAAUCGUCACGGCUUUCAGGCCUGGCCCGGCUGGAUGAGCAAAUGUCGCGGGCGUACGCUGCCCGAUGUCUCUCGCUGCUAGGCCGCAAAGGGGGGCUGCUUAGCUCCAAGCGCCCCAUCCGCAAGGUGGUGUCUCUUAGCUGUGACCCCUGCAGGGGUCCAGAGUUCAGCUUUCUUAGUCCUAAAUAUAUAUGCUAGCUGUUAGCCGUAAGCGUCGCUCGUUUCAUUCGAUUUUCAUUGCAUUUUCAAUUAUA